GUUUCCCGGAUGGAGUAGGGACGCCAUCUUUACGCCAGUGCUACCGGUGGGUCUUCGGUUCAGCGGAGCGUCACUGCUGUUGCUGAUCCACCACCAGGACUCGAAGAGCAGCCGAUAAUCCUCCUUUUCCACCGGGACCUUGCGAACGGUCCCAAAUACCCGAGCACCAUGGCAGACAGAGAGAACCUAGUAUACCAGGCAAAACUCGCCGAACAAGCGGAGAGAUACGAUGAAAUGGUGGAGUCGAUGAAGAAAGUGGCCAGUAUGGACGUGGAGCUGACGGUAGAGGAGAGGAACCUGCUGUCAGUAGCGUAUAAGAACGUGAUAGGAGCCAGAAGAGCUUCCUGGAGGAUAAUCAGCAGCCUCGAACAGAAAGAAGAAAACAAAGGCGGAGAAGACAAACUAAAGAUGAUCCGAGAAUACAGGAAAACGGUUGAGAAAGAGCUGAAAUCAAUCUGCAACGACAUUCUGGAUGUACUGGACAAGCACCUCAUCUUAGCUGCAGUCACGGGAGAAUCUAAGGUUUUCUAUUACAAAAUGAAGGGAGAUUACCACAGGUACCUGGCAGAGUUUGCCACAGGCAAUGACAGGAAGGAGGCAGCCGAGAACAGUUUGGUUGCUUACAAAGCUGCUAGCGACAUCGCCAUGAUGGAACUCCCUCCAACGCACCCUAUUCGUCUGGGAUUGGCCCUGAACUUUUCAGUUUUCUAUUAUGAAAUCCUCAACUCGCCAGACCGUGCUUGCAGGUUGGCGAAGGAAGCAUUUGAUAAUGCCAUUGCAGAACUGGAUACGCUGAGCGAGGAAAGCUAUAAGGACUCAACACUUAUCAUGCAGUUGCUACGUGACAACUUGACACUAUGGACCUCAGACGUGCAGGGUGAUGGUGAAGAACAGAACAAAGAAGCACUGCAAGAUGCGGAGGAAGAGACCCCGCGAGACUGAACACCACAAGACAAGCCCCCCUCCUCCUCCUCCUCUUCCUCCCUUCUGUCCUCCCAGCACUAGCUCCUGUCCCCAGCCACAGUUUUCAGCUGGGUUUAUACUGCAGCCCACACUAUUUCUCUACCUUUUCCUCUUUUUCUACCCACCUGUCUCAACCUUUCUCCUCGUAUGCACGUCAUCUCCCAAUCCCCUCAGGGCCCGCUGGGGUCUUCAUCUCCACUCCCCAGGGGCGUUGUCUUAUUUUUGAUGACUGAAUUUGCAAGCCUGUACCCUUUAAGGUUCAUGUCCUAUUUUACUGUUUUUAUUUUGCUUUACUUUGCUGUUUCAUCUGUUGCCAAGUACGCUUGCCUGUAUUUGUAACACACACAUGCAAGAGUUUAUUUAAAGACAAUAAUUUGCUGUUCAACUUUUUCCUGUGUAUGUCUUUAUGAACAAUAUAUUGUCCAUGCUUCUGUAAGUCAGUCAGUUUUGAAACAUUUCAGUUUGCAAAUCGAGGAAAUAUAGCAGUGAUUGAAGGUUUAAAAGGGAUGUGUUAAAGCUUUUAGGAAGAACCAAGUGCCCUCUUUACUUUGUGGUUACCAAACCUGCUCCUUUAACACAUCAAUAGGUCUUUUGUUUAUUUUUAUUGAAACAAACAGCAGAAUGUCCCCAAUCUUUGAGCAUCACUGACCUCUAUCCUUGUCCACUCUCAGACAAAGUAUUGUGCUGCGAGGCUGUAGCGCUUUUGCUAAUGGCAGAUAGUUAGUUAGGUAAUGGCUAUUUAGCAGACAAACUGUGCGUGUGUGUGUGCGCGCGUGGGAGGGGAAUAAUCAACACAUGAUUGUAAUGUAAUGCAGUUUUGCAUUGGCACUAUAUAUAUAUAAAAAAGGUUUGGGAAAUGGAGGCCUGCUGUAUCUUUACUCCCUUGACUCUUUCAGGUUUCCUCAUCUCAACUCUGUCUCUUUCCCCUCAUUUCCUCUCUUCCUUCUGUUCAUUAUGUGUAACGUGAAUCUGAUUUGUACUACUGGAUGUUCUCACCGGAGCCACAAGUACCAUCUGUAUUCUUACUGAAACACAGCAUGGAAUUAACAUUAAACUUCAAAUUGAAAAAUGUUAAAUUAA